AUGGAAAUGGUGGAACAUCAACAGACAUUGACAAAGAAGCAAAAGGCGAUGCUAGCAAUUGAGGACUACCUCGAUCUCGUUGAUGGUCACAAGAAUCUCGUCGAUCUCACCGUCCGCCAACUCAACCAGAUCCUUGGCAUGCAUGGCUUCAACAAGAUGACUUGUCAAAAGAAGACUUUGACGGAAGUGGUGAGCAGAAUACAGCUGAUGAACUUCAGUCGCUCUACCUUACAAGACGACGACGUAUCCUCAUGUGGUUGCCUCACUCUGGAGGAAGUGAUAAAGGGCAUCAAAGAUAUCGACUGGCACGAGUGCCACAUCACCUCUCUCCGCACUCAAAACGCCGCCAGUUCAGCCUCCUCUGCCGGCUCCAACGACGCUGUUCCAGUGAAGAAGCCGAAGAAGGCUCGAGUUGCUGCUUCUACUGGUACUGCCUCCUCUGCCGGCACCAACGGCGCCGUUUCAGUGAAGAAGCCAAAGAAGGCUCGAGUUGCUGCUACUGCCUCCUCUGCGGGCACCAACGGCGCCGUUUCAAUGAAACCAAAGAAGGUUCGAAUUGCUGCUUCUGGUACUUCUGUUGCUGUAUUAAGUACCACUACUGGAGCUUGA